AUGCUGGAGCACGGGAAGGCGUCUUCGUGGCUGCAGGCGCCGGCGCUGCACAACAGCAGCUGCUCCGCGAGGCCCGCCUCCGGGGGCGCGGGGGCGGCGGCCGGGGGCGGCGUCACGCUGUGGGCCGUCACGCAGUCCAUGCUCGUCCUGCUGCUCUCCGUCGCCAUCCUGGCCGCCAACCUCACUGCCAUCGUCGUGCUCAACAGCCGCAGAUACUCCAAGUACAUACACGCACAGCCGCGCUACCUGCUGACGUCGCUGGCGAGCAACGACCUGGCCAUCGGGCUGCUGGUGACGCCGUUCGGCGUGCUGCCCGCCGUGUACCGCUGCUGGCCCUACGGCGAGAUCUUCUGCCAGAUACAGUCGCUGCUGCGCGGCGCACUCCGCCAACAGAGCGCCGUCAUCUUGAUCUGCAUGGCCAUCGACCGCUACAUGUGCACGCUGCACCCCUCCAGGUACCACCGGCACUCCAGCAAGAAGUGGUGCUCGCGGGCGCAGGGCUGCGUGGCGGUGAUCAGCGCCACGUGGGCCGCCUCGGUGACGGUGUUCGCGGCGCUGGUGCUGCCGCGCGGCGGCUACUACUUCAACGCGACCGGCCUGCUGGCGUGCGACCCCUUCUUCCCGCGCGCCUCGCUGCGCAUCCUGGCCGCGUGCCUCUUCUACUUCCCCACGACGAUGGUGCUCAUGUACUGCUACGGCUCCGUCUUCCACGCCAACAAGCUGCGCCUCAAGCGCGUCGUCUGCUCGGCGCACGGCCACAGCCACGCUCCGAGCUGGGCACAGUGGUUUUGGCACCGCGGCGCCGUCCCCUGCCGUGUGAUCGCCUUCCGCCUGGCAGGAGAUGCGUCCGCGCCCGCAGCCAUAUAA